UGAGAUUCAAGAAACUCUCAACCCCACGACUUCUCUUGUUUUUUUUUCUAUUUCUAAAAAGGAAGAUCCAAGUAUUUGGUAAAAAAAAACAAAAAAUGUUUACCAACCUCCUUAUAGCGUGCAGCGAACUCGAAAAAGCACAGCCAAAAACAUCAGAAAUACCGGAGGAUAUCCUGCAACUGGUGCCUGCUGGAAUAACCGCGCAAGAUGUGAGGGGGAUGCUGUCAACUGAUGACAGUACUGAAAGCCGCAUCGUCGUGAUCCGGGCCGCGUAUGCCGCCCUCUCCACAAUCGCGCAGGCCGUUACAGACGGGCAAUCGAACGAAAAAAACGACGCAGAAACUCUCACCGAGAUCGCCGACCGCAUCACCAAGAUCAUCGUCCCAGUGUGCGCCGGCGCCUCUCUAGACCACGACUCAACGGACUACGCAACCCUCAGCCGCCUCGGCGAGCUCGGUCUCCGCGCCCUGGACCAGCUCGCCCAGAUCUUCCCCUCCCCCCUCCCCCUCUCCCUCCCUUCCUCCACCCUCCUCCGCAUAACUGCAUUCACCUCCCCCGCAGACCCCUGGACCACAGCCGCCUCAUGCACCCUCUCCCCCCGCCUCCUCUCCCACUUCCUCGAGACCCAACCCCAACCGCAACGAACACAGCUCAUCGUAGACGAGAUCCUGACGAAGUUCCUGCGCCCCUUAUUCUCCAAGUCCCGACCCUCGGCCGUGACGGCGUCCGGGCGGAAGGCCGAGUUCGCGGAGCCGGGGCGGCGCGACCCCGCCGCAGACCGCGAGACGCCGGAGGCGAAGCCGUGGAAGUACGCGCACCGGUACGCGAUCACGGUGUUCGCGUGGGCUGUGAGGCAGGCGGAUCCCCUCCUCCUACAAACCCACUGGCCCCUCUACACCCCCGCCCUCCUAACCCUCCUCGACGAUCCUGACCUGCGCACCCGCACACGAGGGCUAGUCCUCCUACGCUCCUUCUGGGCGCGGUGUCCCGCGGGUCUAAUGCAAGAGACGGGUCUCGCCGACGUCUUCGAAGCAGCCGUCUUUCCCGCGCUCUCGUACCUGCCGACGCUUACGCCGGAAGGCGAGUCGUUGGAGUUGCUGCGGGAGGCGUAUCCGGUGUUGAUUGAGAUGGCUGGGCUGGAGUACAUGGCUACAGCGGCUUCUGGGGGAGACGAUGCAACUACGGGGGGAGCGGGUCUACCCGUAAAGGGAGACAAGAGCAAGGAGGAGAAAGGGGAGGAGAAAGAAGCCAAAUCUCGACAGAUCACGGAACGCGAGCGGAAGCUACUGGACAAGAUCGUCCGAGAGGGUCUCCUGAUGGGGUAUCACCACGCGAAAGAGCACGUCCGACUCGUCGGGUUGUUCUGCGAAACGCUGACUUGUAUUGUAAACGGGAUGGGUAUACUCGCCGUAAAACACCUCAAGGAACUCAUCCCCAUGGUCUCGGAAAUACUGACUGACCCCUUCGGCACAAAGCAUCCCCCCACCCUAUCCUCCGCCAUACUCCUCCUGCAAGCGAUCCUGCGUGCAUGCUGGCCUCGCAUACCGCGCUAUUGCAAUGAAAUCGUCAAAAUGCUCAUGCUCAGCUGGCUCAACAUUGCAGAUGAAGAGUCCUUCCAACCCGAUGAUGAUAACGCCAACGCCUUGAAAGCAAAGUUAGCCGAGACCGCCGAUAUGCUAUCCGCCGUGAUGAAAGCAGCCCAUGUUGAUUUAAGCGAACGCGUGAUGCCUCUUAUUGAGAAGGAACCACAACUAGACAACCUUUUUAACAGAAAUAAAAACUACCCGUAAAUUCCAAAUGAUAUGAUUUGAGCAUUGUUAAAUUCAUCGACACAUCAUACAGAAGAAGCAUCACUCUACCAUCAUCAAGGGGACCCCAAGUCGUCAAAGGUGUCACUCGUCGGCGUGUGCGCGGAAGAGUCCUAAUCGACCGGCUGCUGCUUGAAGAGGGACUUUCCCCGGAGCCAUUUCCUAUAGGCCUUGUACCGCU